AUGAGCUCGGAUUUCCCACAUUACAACUUCAGGAUGCCUAAUAUUGGAUUCCAGAAUCUGCCUCUCAACAUAUAUAUUGUGGUUUUUGGGACUGCUAUAUUUGUAUUCAUCCUUAGUUUACUCUUCUGUUGCUACUUGAUUAGGCUAAGACAUCAAGCACACAAAGAAUUUUAUGCCUACAAACAGGUUAUAUUAAAAGAGAAAGUAAAAGAACUGAAUUUACAUGAGCUCUGUGCAGUAUGUCUGGAAGACUUCAAGCCUCGAGAUGAGUUGGGGAUUUGUCCAUGUAAGCAUGCCUUCCACAGAAAGUGCCUUAUUAAGUGGCUGGAGGUUCGGAAAGUGUGUCCCCUAUGCAAUAUGCCAGUUCUGCAGCUGGCCCAGUUGCACAGUAAGCAGGACCAUGGACCCCCACAGGGGCCCCUCCCUGGGGCAGAGAACAUUGUAUAGCUCACCAUGAGGAUCAGACUUGCUGGAUACGACAUCCACGUGGAACCAGGAGGAGCACAAGCUGUCUCUGUGUUGGCUGCUCUCUACCUGGGGCACCAGCUGCCACUUCCUUUGCCUCUUAAAGAAUUCUUGGGCCAUCCACACUGGGAACCUAGGCAUCUGGGUCUUGUGACAACCAAAGCACUCUGACACUACCCCGUGUUGAGAGAAGAGGAGUGGAUGAGCCUGCAGGUUUGGCUCAAGAAACUUCAUGAAGGUCUGUUGCUAAUCCCAUUAUACUUUGUCUCCUGGACACUCGUCUCCGUGUCAAGCAGGAGGGAAGAUGAACACAAGUGUUGGAGGAGACUAAGGGCAGGUCUUUAAAGCCACACCCCCACCCUGUGGACGAUGAGCUUCUGUGCAGACUGCACAUGCCUUUGCAGCAACAAACCCUCCCGGCAGCCCCUGAGUCAAGUAAAACCAGCACAACCGGCUGCCUGUGGUUGCUGAGGCAGUGCCAGCAAGCCUCUUCAUGUUACGUUCCUUUGAUAAGUCCAUUUUGGAACCUAAGGGCUUUGGGUACAUCAGAGCAGCAGUGCCCCUCACCCACCACCCCUUCCCCGUCAAGUUCACAACACUUGCUAUCACAUCACCCAAACUGAAAACAUUAGAUGCGCUUGGAAAGGCCUGUCAGAAGCCAUUUCCUCUUAUCAUUUCUCCUUCUACUCACCAGUGAGGUGUCAGUCAGGAAACCCAGCAUGGUGUCAGUCCUGAGCCCACACUGUCCAUGUGCAACCCAGAGGGCCUAGAGUACUGCCCACAUCCCCACAUGUGCAGCGUGGCUCAGCAUAGCUGCUGGUCUCAGCCCCUACUGCAGCGGGGAGUCGUUGUGAGCCCUUUUUCUGGGAAUGGUCGAGGAGGAUGCUGACCCCUUUGCCUCUUCCCUUCCUCCUUCCCUUCCCUCUCUUGCCCUCUCUCUUUUUACUUAAAAUGGCUUUCACUUUUAACAGUUUAUCCCAAAUAAGAUCCCAAACAUAAUCCUGAAGCCAUGAUCCACUUAGAAUUGUAAGUAGGUUCAGGAAGCUCCUGCAGGGCUGUCCACCCGUUGGUGUGUGCCUCAGUAUUUGGACUUACGAUAACGAACUGAAAGUGUUUUUAUAGGAGAGAAAUGCAUGCUGCUUUUUGGCUCUUUCUGUCCAACUUUUCUAGAAGUGACUCAGAGUCCAUUAGGAUUUGUGAAUAUUGUAUAAAUUAGCUAUGUAAAGCAGCCGUGGGUCAGAUUAAAAAAUUCUUUUCCACAGUCCUCCUCUCCACCUCCCUCCAUCAUACUAGUGCCUGCCUCAACUCCUUGUCAACUGCUUUGCCCCACCCCAUUCCACAGGUGUGAAUGGGGGCUUUUCACUGGAAGUACAAUCUCCAUGAUAUGGAGAAAGGAUGGAAGGAGCUUUGCUACUCUGCUUAUGGCAGGUCUCCAGGGGUUUUUUCUGGAAUCUACCCUCUACCAUCUUAGAAUGGGGAAAGGGAGCCUCUCCUUGGCUCAGGUGGCUGGGGUAAGAAGAAGAAAAUUCCCAUUAGCCUAGAAAAGUGCUGAGCAGAAUCCAAUUUGGAAAAUUACAAAUCCAUUUGGUCAGCAUUGGCUGAUUCCUGUGUGUGACCUAUUCGUGGUAUGCCAACUGGACUUCUUCCUAAACAGGGCAAGGGAAGUGUGGAAUAUUUUUACAUGAAAGCUUUAGCCUGUUUGGCACCCAUAAAAAAACCUAUUUGUACA